CAGAAUACAGGAAUGGAUUUCUGAAACGGACAAUAAUUUGCCGGAGGUCCACAAUACAAACUUGCUGAAAACAAUUGGCCACUCCAAACUGCUGAAACGACCGGACCGGCAGUAUUGACAGUUUGCGGCAACAAAAAAAGUAUGAACACGACUGAAGUUCGUGAGUUCGCCGCCGAGCGUUCGUUGAAAACAAAGCAAUACUCAGAAACUAGCUCCAGCAACUGCAUACAGAGCCGGAUUUGACAAGAAACGAAUUGUCGAAGACUUCGUCACUCAACAUUUAAUGUCAGUUGACUAACCUCACCCAGUUAAGAUAAAGAAUUUUCUUCGACUGCAGAUAGUUACCGUCAGUGUCCGGCAGAAGAAAGGGAACCCCUGUCAUGGAUGAGGAGCCAGAGAGAGCUAAACGCUGGGAGGGAGGAUACGAGCGGACAUGGGAAGUGCUCAAGGAGGAUGAGUCGGGGUCUCUCAAAGCCACCGUGGAAGACAUCCUCUUCCAGGCCAAAAGGAAAAGGGUGUUUGAGAGUCAUGGACAGGUGCGCCUUGGGAUGAUGAGGCACCUGUAUGUGGUAAUUGACACCUCAAGAACCAUGGAGGACCAGGACCUGAAACCCAACAGGCUCACCUCCACCCUCAAGCUGAUUGAGUUUUUUGUGGAGGAGUACUUUGACCAGAACCCUAUCAGCCAGGUUGGCAUCAUCACCACCAAGAAUAAAAGGGCAGAGAAGCUGACAGAUCUGGCAGGCAACCCAAAGAAGCAUGUUGCAGCCCUGAAGAAAGCGCUGGACUCGACCUGUGUUGGAGAGCCGUCUCUCUACAACUCACUCACUCUGGCGAUGCAGACCCUCAAACACCUGCCUGGUCACACCAGCAGAGAGGUUCUGAUCAUCUUCAGCAGCCUCACCACCUGUGACCCAGCAAACAUCUACGAGCUGAUCAAGACCCUGAAGUCCCUGAAGAUCCGUGUGUCUGUGAUCGGCCUGUCUGCUGAGGUGCGCGUAUGCACGGUGCUAACGCGAGAAACCGGAGGGUCAUACCAUGUGAUCCUGGAUGAAAGCCACUUCAAGGAGCUAUUGAUGUUCCACGUGAAGCCUCCUCCAGCCAGCUCCUCUGCAGAGUGCUCCCUCAUCAGGAUGGGGUUCCCCCAGCAUACCAUGGCCUCGCUGUCUGACCAGGAGCCCAGACCAGCAUUCAGCAUGGCGCACCUGGACAGCAGCAGUGAUCCAUCUCUGUCUCUAGGAGGAUUCUUCUGCCCUCAGUGCCACGCCAAGUACACAGAGCUUCCUGUGGAGUGCAGAGUGUGUGGGUUGACGCUGGUCUCUGCCCCUCACCUGGCCCGCUCCUUCCACCACCUGUUCCCCAUGAACACCUUCCAGGAGGGUCCCCUACAGCAUGGAGGAGAGAGGUUCUGCCACGCGUGCCAAGGGGAGCUGAAAGAUAAAAGUGUGUUCACCUGCCCUGUGUGCAACAGUGUGUUCUGUGUGGAGUGUGAUCUGUUCAUCCAUGACACCCUGCACUGCUGCCCCUCCUGCAUCCACUCACACAGCGCCCCCUGAGGGCAGCAGGUCGAACUGCAGCCACAUGCUUUUCUGCUCUGAGUCAGCACCUGCUUGUCCUCGAGAGCAGAUUUGAGCCCCAACCCUGGUGUUUGAGACCCCAGACUUGUGUAUCUGAGGAAGCUUAACUCCUGGUAAAUGUGUGAUCGUAACUCUUCCUGCUAAAAGUGGAGAGCAGAUUUGAGUGUACCACAGGUGGGCAGCUGCAGAAAGUGUUUCCUUAGAGACUAUAGAUGGGGUUGGGUUUAGAUACGUCAGACUUCUCUGCAUUACAAGAGGUGUGUUUCCAACUCUGCCAGUAUUUCAUGGAACCUUUUCAGUCUAUUUUCAAGUAGAUGUUUCCUCUUGUGUCAACGGAGACUAACAUUCUUGUGACUCAGGAAGUGUCAGUAAUUUGGCCUUUUAAAGUAUGUUGAUGUUUCCUGUUUAAAGUGUUGUUAGUGUUAAAGCUCUAGUAUCAGGACAAUGGACCAAACCUUGACAAUAAACUUGAGCUAUUUUUCUAAAUGCUGUGUGCAAGUCUAAACUGGUUGAGCUCUUUAUUAAAUGCUGUGUGCAAGUCUAAACAGGUUGAGCUCUUUUUCUAAAUGCUGUGUGCAAGUCUUAACUGGUUGAGCUCUUUUUUUAAAUGCUGUGUGCAAGUCUAAACUGGUUGAGCUCUUUUUCUAAAUGCUGUGUGCAAGUCUAAACUGGUUGAGCUCUUUUUCAAACUGGUUGCUUUCGUGUCUGUCUGGCAUCUUCAUGUACUAUGACCACAUCUCAACUAGGGCUUUAUUUUCAUUCAUCACAAAAUGACACAAACAUAUUUUCAAUUAUGGAAUGAUGGUAUGAAAUACAUUUCUGACUUGCCUCUAACACCUAAAAAGGCGGAUCUUGGAGUUAGUUAUUCUUCAUAAACUAAAGCAGAACUGCAGCCCUGUGAUCUGCUUCUCUAGAGACCAGUUACCCAGGCAACUAACAUCUUAGGAAAUCCCCUGAGAUUCUCCAGGAAGCAGGCAGGUCACUAAGGAAGGCACACACACAAAAAACACCUCACAUAUCACACCUAGAGCCACAAAUACAUCCCUGAAACACUGCAAACAGUAGUAAGCUGGAUGGCAAAAGUUUAAAAAGUGGUGGAGAAGGGUAUUGUCAGCAUUGUCACUU